AUGCCGACAACAGCAACCACCGCCACUGCUGCUUCAUGGGAGCCCACCGUCUCCGAGAAUCUCCCCAAUGAAGUCGUCACUUGUCUACGCAAUGCCCGAUUCCUCCAUCUCGCAACAUGCACCGACAACGUGCCUCAUGUCUCCCUCAUGAACUACACCUACCUGCCCUCCCGUGCAUUCCCUCCAGCAACCUCCUCCCAUCUCCCCUCUGGCCCCACCAUCAUCAUGACUUCCAAUCCGUCUUCCAAAAAGACCCUCAACCUCCUCUCCAAUCCCAACGUCUCUCUGCUCGUCCAUGACUGGGUCUCUUCCCGCCCACCCACCAACCUGAGCGGCUCCGAUCGCGAAAGAAGUCCUUCCGGCGGUCCCCGAAGCUCUCUCGCUGCCAUGCUGAUGCAGAUGAACUCCACUGCCGUGAGUAGCAACAGCAUCACCAUCAACGGGGAAGCCAUGCUGUUGGAACCGGGGAGUGAGGAGGAGAAGUGGUGUAAGGAGCAACACAUCUCGAAUAAUACCUUCGAGCAGGAUGGGCUGAGUCCCUUGAGUUUACAACAGUCUCGCGGGGAUGAUACGGGGGAUAGUGGCAAGGGGGCGUAUAUUGAGGGAGAGCACGUGAGGGUCGUGGUGGUGAGGAUUAAAGAUGGGAGGAUUAGUGACUGGAAGGGAAAUGUUAGUGAUUGGACCCUUUCGAGCGAAGCUGUGGAUACGGAUAGGGCGGUGGUGAACGGGACAUAGCAGACGUGGUUGCAAGUGCAGAGGAGGACAUGAAAUCUGCAGCACUGUGUCGAAAACUGAGCCUGCUCGUGGACUGAUGUGAGCAGUCUGAUGAAAUUGAGAUAUUCUGCAAUUGGAGCUCAUUCGAGACUGCUGAUGCUCUAUCACCUUGUUGACGCAGAUGACUAGCAACCGUUUGCUGCUGGAAACAAGUGUCCGGAGCGUCAUUCGCGGAAGAGUACUAAGUCGCCGAUCAGGACUGUGCAGUCGGCACAUGACAGGCAUAUCGGAGCAGAGAGAGUGCUUCUAAAAACCCUCGUCGCUCCCUGUCACUUAUCAAGACAUGUCUACGCUGACGAAACGGAAGGAUUGAUCAGGUACAUGUACGCAUCACGCGUGACACCUUCAUUAUGGACAGUAUGACGACCGAAUUGGCGAAAGGAGGUUCUUACGGGCAACACAUGGAAUAUUGAUCUCACCUCACCUCAUCACUCACCUCACCUCAUCUCUCCCUCGCCAGCAGAGCGACUUCGCCGGAACACUUCUACGCCUACAGGGCAUUGUCAAAAAUUUCAUCAUCGCCGACGCCACAAUGUACACCAAUGACCUCGCAC